AUGGAGCUGAGAGUCCUCCUCCUGCUGCCACUCUGCUUCCCAGGUCUCCAAGCCAAAACACCUGCUGCCAAGGAGAGACGAUUGGAAGGAAGCACUCUGUAUAUCCAGUGUCCUUACACAGCACAGACUAACUCCCAGCAGCAGAAAGCCUGGUGCCACAUGAGAGAGAACAGAUGGAAGCCCUUAGUGGAGACGACCGAGCCAUCACAAUACCCAUACGGAACCAAUGCCACAAACGGGAAAGUUACAAUAGAGGACAACCCCACGCAUAGGACCGUGUCAAUCACCAUGACUAACCUCCAGGUAGAGGACUCAGGCACAUACUGCUGUGCUUCCCAUUCCUACGGUAACAGGUAUCUUCCACUAAAGACUAUCUCACUGAAUGUUUUCAAGGAGUUGCACAAGCUGGAGUUGGACAGUCUCUCUGUGCAGUGCCCGUACAGCACCCUGGGAUACAGCACGGGGACAAAAGCCUGGUGUCGAGAAGGUCAGACGGGGUAUAAACUCGUGGUGAGCACAGAUUACAGUUCAACAUGGCAUAACAGCAAAGCUAUGGCACACAGAACAUUGAUCCAGGAUGACACCCAGCAGAGGACUGUCACCAUCACCAUGCAGAAGCUGCAGGUUCAGGACACCGGCACGUACUUUUGUGUACUCUACAGAAGCUCUCGUCUCACCCCGAUAAUGGAAGUCAGGCUCUCUGUAUCCAAGAGGACCCAAGAACACACAGCCAAGGAGUCAGGCAAUGUCUCUGUCCGAUGUCCAUACAGUGCCCCAGACUAUGGGACUGUGAGCAAAGCCUGGUGCAAAGAGGGAGAUAGGAAAGCAUGUACCAUACUGGUCAACACAAAUUUGGAGCCCUCAGGGUACCUCAGGACACCCCAGCAAGGCAGAGUCACGAUCCAGGAUGACACCCAGCAGGGGAUUGUCACCAUCACCAUGGAGGAGCUGCAGGCACAGGACUCCGGCGUGUACUGGUGUGCACUUUAUGAACACGAUCAUCUUUUCCGAAUGGUGGAGGUUACGCUCAGUAUUUCUGAGGUAUUGGCUGGAACAACUUUGUCAGGUACUGCAGGCACAAAUCAAACAAUCCCUUCUGGCAACACCCCAGCACCGAGCUCAAAUGUAAACACCUUCAUCCUACUCGCUGGGAUCCUGAGCAUCCUGUUCAUCCUGGCACUUAUCAGCACGAUAACACUGUGUGUCAGGCGGUGCAAGCAGCUGAAGAAAAGAGGUACCAGACAAGCAGAGAACAUCUAUGACAAACCAGAGGACAUAGCACAGCUUGACAGCACUGAAAGAAUGGAAGGUCCCAAGGAUGACAGCAAAGACCUAAAAUAUGUUACCCUGAACUUUAAAUCCCGACUCAGCCCUGAGGAUCCUCUUUACUGCAAUGUUGAACCAAGUCAGACUCACAGGAAACCCAAAGAUGAAAAUGUGGAAUAUGCUAUCAUUGCACUCAAGCAGUUAACCGAUGAAUGACAAAGGAUGAA